AUGCUCAAAGCUGUUACUUCUGCUUACUAUAGAGGUGUUGUUGGUGCACUUGUUGUUUAUGACAUUACCAGAAGAAGUAGCUUUGAUAGCAUUAACUCUAGCUUGAAGAGCUCACUAGAAAAAUCAGCAAUGGGCGUUGUAAUGUAUGAUACAUGCGUUGGAAAUUUGACUUUAACAGAAGAGAAUGUGUUAGCUUCUAACACACUACAUGCAAAAUAUCUUGCCUUAUAUCAUGGACUGUAUAUAGCUCAUGAAGAUGGUGUUAAAGAAGUCCAAUGUUUGUCUUACUCUCAAGAGCUAAUUGAUAGACUUAAUAGGAAUGAUGAACAAAAAUGUGUAUUGGGUGAUUUGCUUGAUUCCUUUACACAUGUCGAAGUUUGUAAAGUGCCUGUUAGUGUGGAUUUGUUCGCUGUUGUUAUGGUGUAA